AAAUUCCCCUUCUCCCCUCUUCUCUCCUCCAAUUCCCAUUCCCAAACCCUAAUCCCGCUGAGAGCGCUGCAUCUUGGGGCGCGAUCUCAUCUCCAAUCCGCGAAUCACUUCUCCUCUCUCUCUCUCUCUCAAUCUCAAUCUCUCUCCAUUUCUUGAUCUAUGAAGCGCUCCAAGUUCCGAGUGAUCAAAGAGGUUUUAGGCUUCUUGGAGGCCGCGCUCAUGGGUUGCUUCUUCGCGUGCUUUCGGAUCAAAGAAGAUGAAGAUUGGAGGAAGACUUGUUUGUCAACCAAUUCAAUCCCUUUCAAGAACAGGGAUCCUUUGGUUUCUAAGAAUCAGCUUGAUGUUGUCUCGCUCUGCGAAGAGAAAGAUUCUCCAUGUAUGAAAGUUCUUCAUCCAAGUUUACAACAAGAUUUUGAUGAGGACAGCAUUUGCAGGGAUCUUGAGCAUGAGGCCAAAUAUCUGAAGUCUUGUGGUGCACUACUUGAAACUCCUGCUGAAAUCCGGACAGCAUCAGGAAAAAUAAUCAUUCAAACUCCUCAAGAGGAUGAUGUACAUUUGGAUUUCCAUUCCUGGCUUCCUGCAGCAUCUUGUAAGAAACUUCAGUGGGAUGAACAAGUGAAUCCGAUUUCUGAUUCUCCAACACAUGUGGAUAAUUCAGAUUAUCUGGAACACAUAUCUAGAGGCUGUAACUCUGAUGAACAUCAGAUUUUGGCAAAGGUUGUGCAAUGUGAGGAAAUUAAGCAUGUAUCUGCAGUUGAGUCAAUUGUUGAAUCAGCAAUGUUGGAUAUUUCUCCAUCUAAAGCUGACAGCAAGGUUGCAGUACUUGGUUCUAAUGAUUCACCUUAUCCAACACCAUUGAAUUUAACUGAUGAAAUGCAGACUCCUGGAACACUUCAUCCAACCAACCAGGAGAAUAUCAGAACUUGGAAGAAUGGUAGGAUUCGAACACAGUAUGUGUAUCCUGUUUUAAGGCAUGUGGAGAACUUAUCCCACUGGAAGGCACUGAGAGAAGAGCCUUCUCUUAUUCAAUCAGCUGAUCAUUCUGAGCAAGAAAAGAAAUUUCCCAGUCCAGAUUUUACAGGGAGAGCACAGCCGAUUUCAUUCACUCCAGCGCCUACAUAUUCAAAAUUGUUUGAAUCUGCAAGCUUCUCUUGUCCAAAUGAAAAGAUAAACCAAGUCCAAAACAGAGGUUCUAGAGAGGAACCUGUCCAUGAUAAAAGUCUGAGUAGCCCGGCCCUACUUUUCAAAAGUGCUGAUCAACUGAACUCCAAUGUGGACACUCCAGAGCUUGUUAUUUCAAGCUUAUCUCAACAGCUGAAGCCUCCAUUUCCAGAGGAUGAAAUAGGGAACAGCAAGAAUAUUACAAAGGAAAAACCCCAUUCUGAAAAGAGUUAUGAUGCAGGCAGGCCUAUUAUUGGAAUUGUUGCUUCACAAUGGAAUGCUGAUGAGCUCUCCUGUAUCUCACCCAAGUGGUGGGAUGGAAAUGGAAUUCCAAAUACAACAACAAAGUAUAAGGAGGAUAAAAAGGUUAGUUGGCAUGCAACCCCAUUUGAAGAUAGACUAGAAAAGGCUUUAUCAGAUGAGAAACUUCUCUCCAAGAGGAAGCUUCUUAAUGGGAGACCAACUGAAUUUGAGAAUGAUGGCUAGGAAAAAAAAAAUAAAGCAGUUUUUUAAGAAAGCUCAGUUACUCACAAAGCCUUCUUAGGAUUUAUUUGCAUGGCAAGUUAGCUAUUGAGCAUAUGCAUCGCUGACAAGCAUUGUUAUGUUGCAUAUUGAUUUGUCCUAAGAAGUUAGCUCAGUUACCUGCAGCCAUUCUCUGAAUUGCUGCUCAUGGAGCGACGCUUCCAAUGUAUAAAUGAUCCUUCUCUUUUGAAUGGUUAACUGAAUAGUUGUAAUAUGUCUCAAGUUUCCAGACUGUUUGUUAAUAUUUCCUUCUGGGUCUGGAGAACUCCAAUAGCUGAUUAGUUUGUUUCUGGAGAUUGCAUUUGCUGAUAGGCAUAUAAAAUAUAAUGGACUGCAGGGGGUCCGAGCCUAAUGAUUUUCUUCCCUGAGAA